AUGAAGAGCGAUUCCAAUGGCUCUGUCUCUCCUUAUUCUCCCAAACCCAGAACCCGUUUUGUCAGUUCCCGGUUCAUGUCUUCAAACUCGACUGCUUCGCCUGAACCUGGUUCAGGCUCCCCGCUCGGCCGGUUCAACCGCUUGGCGAGGAAAGACUCCACCACUCUCGCGGAUCACAUUGGCAACGAGAGGCUCAAAGAAAGGGAAGAACAGCACCACCAUCAGAAUCAGAAACCCACAAACAGAACAGGCUCUGUUUUUUCUGCUCUCACGAAACAGAGAAGUUGCAGGGAGUUCAGAAACAACACCAAUGGCUAUGGCUUAGAAGAAAACAAUCAAGAUCGAGAUCGAGACGUUGUUGGUAGGACCACGAAGAAUGGUGUAUCAGGAAAAUCUUCUCCUUCUCCUUCUCCUGUGGUGAAGAAAGCAAGUUCUUAUCUUGAUCCUGCGAGACACUCUCUGGAUGAAAAUACCUUUAAGGGAAAUUUUCUCUGUGCUAAGAACUCAAUUGAUUCAGAAUCUGAAAAUACGAGUUUGGAUUCUGUUCCUCUGCAGAGAACACUGAGUUCGAGGAAAUUGGGUAGGGAGGUUUCUUCUAAGUACAUGGCAGCGUGUGGCAGAAGAGGGGAAGCUUCUGAUUCUGACCCUUUGUCUUUUGAUGAUUCAUGGAUGAUGAAGAAGUAUAUCACACAGAAAGCGGUGAAGAAGGCUAAUUCGCUUAUUGGGUACAUGAGUUCCAAGUCUCAGUGGGCACUGUCUCCGGGAAGAUCAGGAUCACCACCUUUGUCUUUCGAAAGCAAGGAUAAGCCAUUGUCGUUUUCCAGCUUGAAACCUCCACACAAGAGAGUGGAGAAGAUUCUGAGCAUGGGUUUGGAUCUCUUUAGGACUAAGAAAUCCUUUUCUACUACUGAGGUGGUUCAUCAGUUGCGUUUGCUUCAUAACCGUUUGAUUCAAUGGCGGUUCGCAAAUGCUAGAGCUCAUACUGUGAAUCAGUCCAUGUCUCUUCAGGCUGAGAGCAAUUUGAUAAAUGUUUCGGAUGGUUUAACCAAGUUGCGGCAUUCGGUGAUGCAAAAGAAGAUACAGGUUGAGAGAGAAAAACUCAAGAUGAAGCUAAAUUUUGUAUUGCAUUCUCAGAUGAAGUUGUUGGAAACGUGGGUAUGUAUGGAGAGACAACAUCUAGGUGCAAUUACCACACUGAAAGAGUGUUUGCAUUAUGUUAUAUGCAAAGUUCCUCUAUUGGAAGGGGCAAAGGUGGAUAUACAAUUGGCAUCAAUUGCUCAGCGUUAUGCAUCUGAUCUAACAGAUUCUAUUAUGUCAGUUUUAUCUGGUUUUUCACCUUUGGUAUGUUUGGUAACACACUGA